ACAUAAAAAUAUCAAUAUCAGCCUCUCAACAUCACAAUAGGCAAGAGGAGGGGCCAAAGUACACAACUUUUCUCUCAGGGUAUGCUCCAAAUUCCCAACUUGGCCUCUCUUUUUCAUCUUUUGGGGUUUUAUGUUCACUCUUCUCUGCUUCAUUCCUCUUUCUACUUCCAGGAAAUAAAGAAAUUUCUAAUCCAAGAGCAAAAGAAUCAGAAAUGUAUGCACAAACUGGCUUAGCUUUCCGAUUCAUGCAGAGUUCUUCUCCAGAGGUUCACCAAUUUGAAGACCUCUUUAAACCCUACAAGCUCUCUGAUGAAAUGAACAAUCUUGUUGAGGCAUGUGAGUAUGAUUUUGGAGAAGAGAGUGACCUAUUCAAAGCCCCUGAGCCGAUCAUUGAAGAACCAAUGCUAGCUGUUGAUCCUCUCUCUCAAGAGCUUGUUGAGCUCGGUGACCUCGGGUCGUUGCAGAGUGACCAACAGCUUAUAGACAAUGCUUUCUACGAGUGUGAGCAGGACCUCCUAGUGAAAUCAGCCAUGGAGUCUCCGCUCUCCGAGGUACUAGACAUCAAGAACAUCUCUUUAGUUGCAAAAAUGGACACUGAUGUGAAGAGUAGUAGUGUGGUCGUCUCUGAUGUCCCAAUCCCAAAGAGUGUGAGCUCGGGAAACCUGAGCUCAAUGGAUAUGGUACAGCACGAGGAUGCGGUGAUUCAGAGCUUCCCUGAUUUCCCUCCAGUGGAUUAUGGCAUGAGAAGAGCCUUUAGUGAAAGCGAUAUACAGACACUGGGAACUACAAAUGCGGGUCAUGUCCAGUCUCAGCUGGAUCGAAUAAUCAUAAGUUGCACCUCUGAGGACCGCCGUGAGAAGCUUUCUCGAUACAGGAACAAGAAGAGCAGGCGAAAUUUCGGGCGUAAAAUCAAGUAUGCUUGCAGAAAGGCUCUUGCAGAUAGUCAACCGAGGAUCCGAGGAAGUUCUGGGUCAGAGGAAAACGGAGGACUUGUCUCGGGUUUCUUUGAGCAUCGGAAAUUGAGGUCUAGAUUAGGAAAGAGAAUGAUAAUCAAACGGAAAUUUAAAACCCAGAUACCGAGUUUGAACCGGUGCAAACUCGGUAACUCGGGCAAUGAGUCCAGAAAAAGGAGAAAGUCGAACUUGGGAGGUUGUUACUAUCCUCUCAAUCUUCUCGGAGAAAUCGCCGUCGGGAUUGUUCCAGGAAAUGGUCGGAAUGGAUUCUCUUCUUCCUGGUGCAAUGAAGUUUCCUGUUCGAUGAAACCUGUUGAGGUUGAAGAGUUGAUUUCUAAGAGAAGAUCCGAUUCCGGCACUGUGAGGGAUCCUCCUCCGGCUGAAGUCUCACGCCCACCGCUUGUUCGGACAUCUAGGGGACGAAUUCAGGUGCUUCCUUCUCGAUUCAAUGAUUCUGUGCUCGAUAAUUGGAGGAAAGAUAGCAAAAGUGAUUGUGAUUUGGAGGAAGAAAUAGAAUGCAGGGAUGAUAAAGUUGUUAGUUUUCGGGUUCCUAAAGCUAGUAAUUUGAAAAGCAAGGAACUUGAUAGGAACAGUAAGUAUAGUGCAUUGUGUAAAGAAGCAAGGUUUCACGAGCAACGUAAUGAGGCUCGUGCUCGUGUUGAUGAGAAGCUUCCGAAUAAACAAGGUACUUUUGGGCCUGAGAACUUCUAUUCAGGUGACUUGGUUUGGGCAAAAUCUGGGAGAAAUGAGCCGUUUUGGCCUGCCAUUGUUAUCGAUCCAAUGACACAAGCACCCGAGCUUGUUUUGCGUUCUUGUAUACCCGAUGCAGCCUGUGUUGUCUUCUUUGGUCACUCUGGGAACAAGAAUGAAAGGGACUAUGCAUGGGUGAGGAGAGGGAUGAUCUUCCCUUUUGUGGAUUAUGUUGCCAGGUUCCAGGAACAGUCUGAACUGCAAGGUUGCAAGCCUGGGAAUUUUCAGAUGGCAUUGGAGGAAGCAUUUUUGGCAGAUCAGGGAUUCACGGAGAAGUUGAUGCAUGAUAUUCACUUGGCUGCUGGUAACCCGACUUUUGACGAUUCUUUCUACAGAUGGAUUCAAGAAACUGCGGUCUCAAAUCAGGAUCUCAAUAACAAUGCUCCAAGCCAGGCAAGUGUCUCUGUCUGUGAGUUUAUUAACGGGCUGUUAAAAAAACACAGAAAUCCACUCGCAUGUGCAGGAUGUGAAACGGUCAUUUCUUAUGAGAUGGCAAAAAAAAUGAAAGCUCUGAUUCCUGGAGAUCGAUUGUUGUGUAAACCAUGUUCAAGGUUAACAAAAUCAAAACACAUUUGUGGUAUAUGCAAGAAGAUAAGGAAUCAUUUGGACAAUCAAAGCUGGGUUCGCUGUGAUGGUUGUAAAGUCUGGAUACACGCAGAGUGUGACCAAAUAUCAGAUAAGCAUUUGAAGGAUUUGGGGGAAACAGAUUACUACUGUCCUACUUGCAGAGCUAAAUUUAACUUUGACCUAUCAGAUUCAGAAAAACAAAACUCAAAGUCAAAACUUGGCAAAGGCGAUGGUCAGAUGGUUCUUCCUGACAAGGUUAUUGUUGUAUGCGCUGGAGUAGAGGGAGUUUAUUUCCCGAGGCUCCAUUUAGUGGUAUGUAAGUGUGGCUCCUGUGGACCUAAAAAGAAAGCCCUUAGCGAAUGGGAAAGGCAUACCGGAUCAAAGUCAAAAAAUUGGAAGACCAGUGUGAAAGUCAAAAGCUCGAAGCUGGCACUAGAAGAUUGGAUGAUGAAAUUAGCAGAGUUACAUGCAAAUGCUACUGCAGCUAAAGUUCCUAAACGACCUUCCAUAAAGCAGAGAAAGCAGAGAUUGCUUGCUUUUCUAUCAGAGACAUAUGAGCCGGUCAAUGCGAAGUGGACAACAGAACGAUGUGCAGUUUGCAGAUGGGUUGAAGAUUGGGACUACAACAAGAUUAUUAUCUGCAACAGAUGCCAAAUUGCAGUGCAUCAGGAAUGCUAUGGCGCUAGACAUGUUCGUGAUUUCACCUCAUGGGUCUGUAAAGCAUGCGAGAGACCAGAUAUUAAGCGGGAGUGUUGCCUCUGCCCUGUAAAAGGAGGUGCAUUGAAGCCAACUGAUGUGGAAACGUUGUGGGUUCAUGUGACAUGUGCUUGGUUUCAGCCUGAAGUAUGUUUUGCAAGUGAGGAAAAAAUGGAACCUGCAGUUGGGAUUUUGAGUAUUCCAUCAACUAAUUUUGUGAAGAUAUGUGUAAUAUGCAAACAAAUACAUGGCUCGUGUACUCAGUGUUGCAAGUGUUCUACAUACUAUCAUGCCAUGUGUGCCUCCCGAGCUGGUUAUAGAAUGGAGUUGCACUGCUUGGAGAAAAAUGGUCAGCAGAUUACAAAGAUGGUGUCCUAUUGUGCUUAUCACAGGGCUCCAAACCCAGAUAACGUGUUAAUUAUACAAACUCCUUCAGGGGCAUUCUCUGCAAAGAGUCUUGUCCAAAACAAGAAGAAAGGUGGUUCCAGGCUUAUUUCAUCAAUCAGAGAAGACAAUGAAGAGUCACCUGCAGAGGAUACCAUUCCAUGUGAUCCAUUUUCUGCUGCUCGUUGUCGAGUAUUUAAAAGAAAGAUCAAUAGCAAGAAGAGGAUUGAAGAAGAAGCCAUUCCUCACCACACAAGGGGACCACGCCAUCAUCCAUCAGCAGCAAUCCAAACUCUAAACACAUUCAGACAUGUACCGGAAGAACCAAAAUCGUUUUCUUCUUUCAGGGAACGACUUCACCACUUGCAGAGGACAGAAAUGGAUCGGGUCUGCUUUGGGCGAUCUGGAAUACAUGGAUGGGGUCUUUUCGCAAGAAGAAAUAUCCAAGAAGGAGAAAUGGUUCUUGAAUACAGAGGGGAACAGGUGAGAGGUAGCAUUGCAGACUUGAGAGAAGCACGGUAUCGCAGAGUAGGGAAGGAUUGCUAUCUUUUCAAGAUCAGUGAAGAAGUAGUGGUUGAUGCUACAGAUAAAGGGAAUAUAGCUCGGCUCAUCAACCAUUCGUGUACGCCAAAUUGCUAUGCGAGGAUUAUGAGUGUGGGAGAUGAGGAAAGCAGGAUUGUCCUGAUAGCCAAGGCCAAUGUAGCUGUGGGAGAGGAGUUAACGUAUGAUUACUUAUUUGAUCCAGAUGAGGCAGAGGAACUCAAGAGAACGAUGAACGGUGACGAGACAAAGAAGGUGGAGAGCGAGAACAUUAAGAGGCACCAUAGACACGAGCUUGUAGAGAAUCAAUGUAGCUCUACACUCGUUAAGCACAUCAAAGCUCCUCUGCAUCUCGUGUGGUCACUUGUGAGGAGAUUUGAUGAACCACAAAAAUACAAACCAUUUGUCAGUAGAUGUGUAGUAGAAGGGAAGAAGCUGGAAAUUGGUACUAUACGAGAAUUGGAUCUUAAAUCUGGAUUACCAGCUACUAAAAGCACUGAGAUAUUGGAGUUUCUUGACGACAAUGAACAUAUUCUCGGCAUUAGGAUCGUUGGUGGUGAUCAUAGACUCAAGAAUUAUUCUUCAACCAUUUCGUUGCAUUCCGAGACGAUAGACGGAAGAAUAGGGACAUUGGUCAUAGAAUCGUUCGUGGUGGAUGUGCCGGAAGGUAACACAAAGGAGGAGACAUGCUUUUUCGUGGAGGCUUUGAUUCAAUGUAAUCUCAAGUCUUUAGCGGCUGUUUCCGAACGUCUAGAAGCAGAAUCUAUGGAGAGGGUAUGAGAUAAUGACUUAAGAUUCUUUUCAAUGGGAAAAGAAGGAAAAAGACCACCAAAUAAGAGAAAUAACUCUUCCCUUUUAUA